AUGAAAUAAAGGGAUAUUAAACUUCAUAUUUAUAAUGUAGAUGGAUAAGAAGAAAGUAUCUAAUUAAUCGCUAAUGAUUACCAUUUCAUAAUGAACUAUCUGCAGUAAAAAUAAAAUACAGAGUGGAUUUUAAUUGAAAGGCAGUUCGGCAGCCAUAUUAAUGAAUAUAAUAUUGAAUUAGCCUUAGAUUUAGUGGCAAUUAAACCAAGGGACAUUCUAACAACAAUUAAUCAACUUUCAGAUUUGAAGUCACAAAUUGAGGUACUUAAAAAUGAUAAAAUAUAAUUCAAAUAGUAAUAUUGUAAGUAGUAUGAAGAAGAUAUCCCCAAAGAAUUCUAGCAAUAAUAUCAAGCUCGAAAGCUUGAAAGUGAAUUACAUCAUAUUAAAGAGGAUUGUUUAUACUUUUAGAAUUCAAAAAUAUAAUUGAAGAGUGAAAAGGAAGAGUUAUAAAAAGAAUUAGAUGAAAAAAAAGAAGAAAUAAUAUUAUUAACAUAUGUGUUAGAGGAGAAAAAAUCAGAACUAGCGACUUCAAGCAAUAAAAUAGCUGAUUUAUACAUGGAAGUAUAAAAGAAUAGCCAAGAAUAAUUGUGCUUGGGAUGUUCAUUAAAUAAAAGUGUUUCUUGCGAUAAAGCAGAAGAGUCAUCAGUUGUAAUUGAAACAUUAUCAGCGGAUGUUUCAGAAUUAUUUCGAUUUAUAAAUCAAUCAGAACUGUCAAAAGAUUUAAGAAAUCAAUCGAUCUAAAAUGAGGCAGAACAAACAAAAAAAAAAGAAGAAACAAUUUAAUAGCGAAAUUAAUCAUCAGAACACGACAAGAAAUCAAAAGAUGAGUUGAUGUGCUUUUUUCAUAAAUUGAAGAAUGCAUCACAAGAUUUAAAUCAAUAAAAAAAAGCAAUAGCAAAUUUAACCAUUGAAUCAGAAGAGUUAAAAAAUACAAUUAGGAAAUUAAUCAGUAAAUCAUAAUCAGAUAUUUAAAAUGAAACCCCAAUUGACCUUGAUUACUUAUUUGAAAGUAAUGCUCUUAGUGAUGAUUAAGGUUCAAAUCUUCAGUAUUCAGGUUUACCUGAUAUUUUUUAAAUAACAUUUAAGGAACAAGAAUUUUUUAAAUGUAUCAAAGAAAAGAACUUUUUCUUUCGGAAAAAUUGUAUUCUUAAAGAGAGAUGGUAUUACACUUAAAGUGUUAAUUAAUAAUACAUUUCUAUAAUUGCUAAUGGAUAGUAAAUAAAUAUCUAAAAAACAUUCACACUUUCAAAGAUUGCCAAUCAAGCUAUUGACACCAUUUUAAAUUUAUUAAUUGUAUAGGGAUAUUUUACCCUAUUUUAAAGGGACCUUUAAUACAAUAACAUUCAAUUAUUUUAACAAAAUUGGAAUUUAAAAAUCCCAAAAUAAUUCUUAGUCAAGGAUUAAAUGGGCAAUUAUUAUGUUUAUCAAGAAUGUCUCAAAAUUAAUAGUAAAAGUUUUGUGCCCUUCUAAAUUACGUCACCAAUCGAACAAUAUAUUUCUUCAUUUUUUAACUAUUUUUAUUUGGCAACAAAUAAAAAUUUGGCAUUAUCUGAUUGCGUCUAUGGAGAGUCUAAUGAUAACAAAGAAAUCAUAAUAUUUACCAUUAUAAUACAUUCAAACUACAAAUAUGGAUUAUCAGUAUUUGAUUUAGGGAAAACUAAAAUUAAGGAUUUCGAAAAAAUAUUUGAAGUUUCUAAAGGAAAAACUUAAUAAUUUUGGUCUAAUGAGUUAGAAAAUCGGGCUAAAAAAGUUUGGUAUGAUCAAUAUUGA